AACUAUGGGUACGUUCGUAAAGUUGAACGAGUUAAACGAGAAUGACGUCAUCGUUAUUCUUGUUUCGUUAGAUUUUCCGAACGAUUCGUUUAGAAAAUGGCCGUUUCAAGAUCUGAAGUUUUAAACAUUGUUACUGCGAUUGUGUCUGAAGUAUUUUUUUCGGAUGAUUCUGAAGACGAGAUCAAAAGUUAUGUCAUUUUAGAAACUUCAAAAAGGAGAAAAAGGAGACUGCGUAUAAAAGGAUACGUAGAAAGUGUCGUUCCUUCAUAUUUAAGUGACGAUUUCCAAUGUCAUUUUAGAAUGAAGAGAUGCACUUUCGAAAUUCUUUUGGAAAAAUUAAAACCUAAAUUAAUCAAUUCUUUCGGAAGACCUUGUUUAGAUGCAAACAAGCAAAUUUUGUCGGUAAUUUGGCUUCUAGCAAAUCAGGAAUCAUUCAGGUCUGUAGCAGACAGAUUCAACAUCUCAAAAUCUACCCUGUAUAGCUAUCUGAAUAAAGUUUGUACUGAACUCGUAAAAAUGGCAAGUGAUGUUAUAAAAUGGCCAAAAUUGGAAGAAUAUGCCUAUUUAACCAGAAAAUUUAAAAAUAUAGCUGGCUUCCCAGGUAUAAUUGGGGCAAUUGAUGGGUGCCAUAUUCCUAUUAAAGCUCCAAGUGAAGCAGCGGAAAAAUAUGUAAACCAGAAGAAUUUUCAUUCUGUAAUUUUGCAGGCAGUCUGCAACCAUAACUUAGUUUUUACAGACUGUUAUUGUGGCUUCCCUGGUUCUGUUCAUGAUGCCAGAGUUUUCAGAAAUUCUGAAGUGAUUCAGAAACUUAAUGAUUCUUCCUUAUCAGAUUACCACAUUGUGGGAGAUGCUGCCUACCCAUUUAUGGUGUCAUUGAUGGUACCAUUUAAAAAUAAUGGUCACCUAACUGCUCAAAUGCAUACAUAUAAUAAUAAGCUGUCAAAAAGCAGAAUUGUUAUUGAGAGGAGCUUUGCAUUAUUAAAAGGAAGAUUUAGACGGUUAAAAUAUUUUGAUGCAAAUAAAACAUCAAUGUUGCCUCUCUACAUAUUAUCAGCCUGUGUACUUCAUAACAUUUGUUUGAUGGCAGGGGAUGAUUUUGAUGAAUUUGACACAGUUAAUUGUGAUGAUGAAACUCUUGAAACAGAAUCAUCUAAUAUACAAUAUAACAGUGCUGCUCAAAGAAAAAGACAACAUAUUUCUGAUAGUUUCUAAGCUAUCAGAAAUCAUGUUUGAUAAUUAC